AGAAUGACAAGCUUUGCACUUUCCUGAAAUUGGCACUUAAUUUGUGUCCUGAUGAAGCUAAAAAGUUUUUUUUUACAUUUUCUGGAAAACUUACGACAGGAUCGACAUGAAAGAAUAUAUGUUCUGGGACUUCGUCAUUAUUUAAGGACUCUAGAAGUUUCAAAGUAUUGAGAAGGAAAAUUUUUAAAAACGUGAACGUGAAAAAUAGCACUCCACAUUUUUCAGACUGGGCGACCACUCCUGCCUCGCAUGUGCAAUUAUUUUUUUUCAUUAUUGAUUCGCAGAAAUUUACAUUAGGACCUCUGAUACCAGUUUCAGAAAAACUUGAACAGUAGUGGGGAAUCCAUUCUCAUUUGGAAUUAUGGAUUUAUAAAUGUGAUUGGUUGAGGAUUCGGCUCUAUGCCGUCAUGGAUUGAAUAAAUUCGCUGCCUUGAUUGCUCCGAUCGACUAGUAGAGGCAGUCUAAAGAAUUUUUUCAGACGUUGAUAUUGUCAAGACGUUUAGGGACUAUAAUGCGCACAGUCACCUACAAUUGUCUACUUUUAAGUCUCCUUCUAAUAAAAUCUGAUGGAAUAGAUUAUAAGUUUGUAAAUGUGAUUUUCCGACAUGGGGACCGAACUCCGCAGAAUAAUUCCUACGAAAUAUUCCCUACAAGCGAAUAUGCGAAAUACCGUUUUGAUCCAUAUGGUUAUGGACAACUGACCAAUAAAGGGAAGCGAAAUGCCUAUCAACUAGGCAUCGACAUUCGUGAUUAUUAUUCUCAAUUCUUGAAUGAUCUAUAUCACCCAGAGGAAAUAUCUGCACAGAGUUCUGACGCUGAUAGAACUAAAAUGUCUUUGCAAUUAGUGAUGGCAGGUAUAUUUCCUCCCUCAUCGGCUCAGUCGUGGAAUUGUAAGCUGAACUGGCAGCCUGUUGUAACGAAUUACAUACCCCGUGAUGACGAUUACGUCUUGAAUUUUCUCAAAUGCCCCAAUUUCAAAAAGGAACACGACGCUGUGAAAAAACUUCCCGAAGUCGUCGAAAAAGUUUCGCAAUACAGUACGUUUGCAAAACAGCUCUCCGAAUGGACGGGAGUUCCAAUUACUCCUACGAAACAUUUCGUGCAAAUUUAUCAUGCUUUAACAAUGUUAGAUCAUAUGGGAUUCGCAUCUCCUCAUUGGAGUAGUCGGUUUUAUCCCGAAGGUCUUCUAUUAGAUGGUGUAGCUCUCGAUUUUGAAAUUUUAAAUUAUAAUGAGAGAUUGAGAGCUUUAAGUGGAGGAAUGGUUUUGAAGAAGUUCAUCGACAAUAUGGUGGCAGCUGCUGAUCCAAAUUCAAAUUCGCGCUUGAAAAUGGAGUUGUUUAGUGCUCACGAGGUCAAUAUCGUUGCCAUUUUAAAAAUUCUCGGUGUUUAUGAAAAACAUUUUCCAGAUUAUUCUAGCGCUGUGUUCGUUGAAUUGCUGAAGGAAAAUAAUGAAUAUUAUGUCAAUAUUGACUAUUACUUGAACCCCUCAUCGAAGAGAAUUCAUCUACCUAUACCUGAUUGUGAACCAAAAUGUUCCCUGAAACGUUUUAUAGAACUGUUCAAAGAUAAGUUACCUAAGGCGGAAGAUAUGAAGUGUAAAGUGUGAUAAUAAUACUGGUAAAAAUUAUGUUACAUGGAUAAUUCAUCCUCAAAUAAACGGGGAAAAACCAAUCCCAGAGAAUUCUCUGAAUACAAUUCAUAUCU